GUUGGCGCUGUCAAAAUAUAGAACCUGUUCUAGGUCUUCUGCUGCCAGAUCUGUAGUUUGUGCCAACAUAGAUGUGGUGUGUUUUAUCACACUAGAUUCAGUAUCAGUGUGUUUCUGUUUUUUAACUAGUACAAUACUCAGCAGACACUAAAAUCAAUGGUCGCCCAACGGACUACCUUUGUAAUAUUCCUAGUCACCCUUAGCCAGUAAAGGUCGCCACGGGUGACCGGGCGACUGCUAAUUUUCAACCCUGCAUCCAGUAUUCUCCAGUGAUCCCAAGGUUGUAUUUAAGACAAACAGAACGUUUACGUGACUUCUCAGGGCUAGCUCUGGGUGAUCAGAAAAUUUGGCCAAAUUAUCUCAAAAAUAAAAUUUGCAGUUGGUGAAUUUGGCAAGUGGCAGAGCUAGGCCUGCUUCACUGCAUACAGAAUAUACUCAGCAAAUUUCUACAGUGUUACUGUUUUGUAUAUUGACAUUUAUGAUUUGUUCCAGUUUGAAAUAUCCAUUCCAGAAUUUGUGUUCAGAUUAUAUGUAACAAGACUUUUUAAGUUAUUGGUUUUAGCUACCUUUAACCAUGAUAACAGGACAGUCAAAAGACAAAUUCUGGUGAAAUUCACACCAGGACUUGAUGUUCACAACAUUUAUUAAUAGUUUGUCCAUAAUGGGUCUUCAUACAAAACAAUAAUAACACCCGCAGUAACUGAGAGUUCUUUCCCUUUGUUAUGUAUGUUAUUGCAUCAAAACUGAUACAUGGUUUCUACUGGAAAUUAAUAACUUGGGUGGGGAUUUUUUUUUUUCACUAUAUGCAUGAAAGCAUGAAUUAAAAAAAAAGCAAAAUUUUGUUUUGAUGUUUAAACAAAUGUUUGUAUUCAUAAUCCCAUUUUCCGAGAAACCACAUAGAGCUUGCUAUGCUAUACAUAUAGCAAGCAAAUUGACCAUAUAUUAAAAACAGUUGUACUGUUAUUUCCUUAUUAUAAAAGCAGUUGUACUGUUAUUUCUAUUUUACCUGACCUGACCAGACCCUCAUUUAGUAUUUACUACUAACUGCCAACGUCUACGGGUUGUCACUUACGUCAAUCAUGUAGCAACGUCCUGGUAAUUAACCUGUCAAAAACAACAAAAGAAUGUAAUGGACCAAGGACCAAAACAGUAUGGCAUAAUGAAAAAAUAUGUUAUAUGUUACAACGACAAGUUCGUCCUUGGGUCAUUUUGUUGUGAUAUAUAUGUUAGGCCUAAAAACAAUAUGUGUGUUUCAGGUUUACUGACCUACCAUAAUUUUAAGUGUUUUGAAGUAAAAAAAAGAAUUAAAAAAAAAAUUAAUGAUCCCUGAUGUUUUGCAAUCAGCAAACUAAACUCGGAACACUUGAACUGAUUACGGUUUCUUGGAAAUAAGUCAUAUGUACCAAUAGACCGGUUGUAAGGGUAGCCUGGUUCAUGGUUUUUCAUGAUACAUGUACUUUAAAUUUCCACCCAUGUGUCUGUAAACAGAUGAAGUUAAUUUUUGGUGUUUCUGCAUACCUUAAUUCAGGUGUUUUUUGUGUGUGUUUUUUUUUCAGAACAUUAUUCAUAGGAAGGAUAACACAAUGCUAAAAUCCUAGUGAAGAAUACUGUGAUUUUCUGAAAUGAAGCCAAGUCACAGCAGGAAAAGUCCUGAAAUUGUGGUUCCAAUAAUGGCAAAUGUCUGCAAGAAGUGUGGCUGUACCUGUGAAAGUUGCUUCACAAACUCAACCAGUCUAGACCUCCAUCAGGAAAUUGAGGAAUUACAGUUUCAUUUGAUACGCAGUAAAAACCACAUCUCACAGUUGGAACACGAACUGGCCGACAACAAGCAGCUUUCUGAAUACGAACUGGUGAAAUUCAGAGAGGAAUUUGCCAGGCUAAGAGAUAGAUAUGAAAGAUUGAUGGAAAGUCACAAGAGAAUGCAGAAAGUAAAUCAUGAUUUAGAAGAUAAACUCCUAAAAAUUGUUAAUAAAUUUGAGGGUGAAAAGAUUUCUUUACAAAGAGAGUUGGCUUCCAUAACAUCAAGACUAAUUGAAUCUAAAGUAAUGGUUUGUGAACUUGAAGAAGAAAAUGAUCGAUGUCGAAGAGAUUGCAAUUUGGCAGUACAGCUUCUACAUUGCAAACCAUCAACUUUUGUUGCUCAUAAACUGAAUUCGCUGCCAGUCGACUUACAAGACCGAGUGAAGGAUCACAUGACUAGAGAACAAAUACGAAAUCUGGAAAACAGUCGAGCAAAUGAAACAAAGUUGAUACGUGUUCCAAUAGCUACGUUCCCGCCAACAGCCAUGUUCUAUUCUGUGAAUCCUACAUUGAACGAAUCGAAUGCUAACAAUGCAGUACAAGGUGUUUCUCCAACAGACACUGUUCCGAUGUCCAUCAUCACAAAAGUAUUAUCUCAACCUACAUCAAAACAGAAGUCACGGUGGACACACAUAUGUUUAAAGUGUGGCCGAGAUGUUUCUCUGUUAGACAAGGAAGUGCAAGUUAACUUUUCUAAUGUUACUGAAAUUACGGGCUUUCCACAGAAAGUUAAUAGACUAAAUGGUAAGCAUCUUGCACAUGUGAGACUCAAUUCCACAGAAACAGAAAUAUAACACUUCAAAAUUAUUUGGAAUAGAAUAUUUCCUUUUGUGCAAUGGUGUUAGGUCACUGUGAUGCUUGUGCAACAAUUCCUGCUUAUUUUUAUUAUCAGUGUAGUUGGGGGAAAAUGUUAGUCAGAUUUCUAAUUCUGUAUAAAUGUUCUAAAUCCUGAUUGAAGUCUACAUUUGCUGCCAAAUGAAAUAUCAAGCUUUA